AUCAAAAUAUCGGGCGCUUAGUGUGUGGCCGAGGAGGGUAGACCCCCAACUUGCGCGCCAGUGUGAGCCACACACAGCUUGUCUUCUCCCUUCUACCUCUCGAGAAAACUGCGCGAAGAUGUCCGAAGCUGAGCAGCACACAUCCACACAGGAGGUUGAGCCCAAAGCGGAAGAGGCCAACGCGCCGAUCAACAUCAAGGUUACAACACAAACCGGAGAGGAAGUGUUCUUCAAGAUCAAGAGAAAUACGAAGUUGAGCAAGCUCCAAGGAGCUUAUGCUGCGAAAGUGGGCAAGGACGUGAGCAGUAUUCGGUUCCUCUACGAUGGGAACAGAAUAAACGACGAUGACACACCGGCAUCGCUGGACAUGGAAGAUAACGAUUCCAUUGAUGUCAUGGUAGAGCAGGUCGGAGGUUCAGCGUGAUGCUGCGUCUCAAUGCCAAUUUUCGGUCGUUCUUCUUUCUGCUUGUAGUACGAAGCCUUUUUCUCCUGUGCUC